UUAGCAAGGGAAUUUCGGUUCGUUACGGAAUUCGCCAAGCAUGGUUCCCUGCGUACGUUAGCCGAGCGCAUGCGGAUAGACAGUGACCUUGUUAUGUCAUUGAUUGGAGGAUUCGCGGAGGGUUUAUCCUUUAUUCAUACAUCAAAAUUUCGCUUCCAUGGGAGGCUUCGUCCAUCAUGUUGCUUAGUCAACUCCCGUUUUGUCCUUAAGAUUUCCGAACUAGGAUACGGUGAUAUUCUUCGCCGCAUGGUCAACGAUCAGGAGAAAAUCAAACCCGACAAACGAUACACUGCACCGGAAUUAUCCACCAUUAAAGGUCAUCCAGCUGCGAAAGCAAUGAUGAAGGCCGAUGUAUUCGCCUUUGGAAAAAUUGUUCAAGAAUUUACUAUGGAAGAUGCCAUGUCGCUCACCAUGGCGAAAGCAAAAAGUGAUAAACAAAACAUUCCCGCUCGGUGCAAGGCGUUGUUCGAAUCGUGCUCGGAAACUGAGCCUGAGCGCAGACCGUCAAUGGUGUUUGUCAAAAAUUCGCUACGAAAGCUUCAGGGUCGGCGAUUUAAUAAUUACACGAGAAUAACUAUUAUGCGCCUAGAAAAAUACACCGAGUCUUUGGAAGAAGCGGUCGGAGCUAGAACGGAAGAACUGAAAACGGAGCGCGCCAAAUGCGAAUCCUUAUUACGAGAAAUUUUACCAGAAGCAGUUGUGCGGGCUCUUCGCAAUGGGGUCGGUGUGGAAGCGCAGCAGUUCGACGAUGCAUCCAUCUACUUCUCCAGUCUUCCGGGAUUUCCUGAAUGGGUGCAGUCAAUGCCCCCGCGUGCUGUUAUUGUAUUAUUAAGUGACGUGUACUCGGAGUUUGACAGAAAAAUUUCUCGAUUUCCCGUGCAGAAGAUUGAGACAAUUGGUGACGUUUAUAUGGUUGCGUGUGGCGUCCCAUCCGCCCACAGUGAUCACGCCCUGGAAGUGUGCCGUAUGGCAAGUGCCCUUUUUAAAGACUUCGACUCGUGUAUCGCUGGCAACUAUACAAAUUUCCAUUUAAAAUUACGGGCUGGCAUUAAUUCCGGUUCGUGCGUUGCUGGGGUCAUCGGGAAGAAAGUGCCCAGAUACUGUCUAUUUGGGGAUACUGUAAACACAGCGGCUCGCAUGGAAAGCAGUGGAGAAUCUGGCAGGAUCCAAAUGACGUCCAGUACCGUCGCGUUAUUGAGGAUCAAAAACGUGUUCCAGUGCGAGAGGCGGGGGGUUAUUCGUGUGAAGGGGAAGGGCGACAUGGAAACGUUUUGGCUAGUCAUCUGAAAGCCAUUUUAUGGAUCGCAUGGUCAAUUUGGACUAAGGUCGGAGAUGACCAAACUUAAUAAUUACUGUAUAUCAGGCCUUACGGGAUUCGAGAUGUCCAUCAAAAGA